AUGAAAAACAAGAGAACAACACAAUCGUUUCUUCUUCUUCUACUUCUAAGCUUGCUUCAUAUACUUCUAUGUGUAUCUUUACAGGUUGGUGUGACAGCAGAGGCUAGAUUCCGUCACCCAGGUGUUGCGACACUUAAACGUGGACCUGUGGGACCUUCCCAGUCGUGUGGAGCUUCUUCUGGGAGAUCAGGAAAGCCUUGUAGACAGGUUCGUCCAAGACCUCCUCGUCUACCUUAA